AUGUCCUCACAUAAGACUAAAGACAGCAGUCCGUCCACAUGGUUCUGGGACAGUCCAGAGACUGUCGCGCAGCUGGACCUGGUGCGUCAAUGGAUCGGGAAGCAUUACAAAAAGUAUGUGCUGGUGGACGCUCCUUCCUGCCAGACCCUGUCUAUGGUAACUGUCAAUCUUCUGCAGUUUCAAGAGGAUGUUUUUGGCAAACAAGCUGACAGUCCAGCACUCACCAAAAUCCCAGCUCAAUGCUUUAUGGACUUGCAUCAAGGGGGAGGACUUUGCCACAUUCUUGGAAUAGCCUAUAAAUUUAAGGCGGAGCAAGGAUGGCGGAGGUUUGACUUACAAAAUCCAUCAAGAACUGAAAGAAAUGUUGAGAUGUUUCACAGUAUAGAGAGGGCCUUGGUGCAGAACAACCUCCUAUCAUUUCCUGUUGUAUACCUGGACCCCACGAUAGAUCAGGAGCUGGCGGAAAGAUUGAGUGGUAUUAUCACAAAACAUCAGGGUUCCCUCACAGAGGACAGAACACUUGCUAGCCAUCACGUAUGUCCCCUACUUCCAAUUCCAGAAGGAGAUGAAUGGAUGCGUCCUGUGAUGCAGAAGGAUAAACACGUUUUAGUACAUUGGGGCAGGCACCCUGACAGUUAUGAUAGUUGGUUGUCAUCUGUCGAAGUUGAAGGAGCAAUUGAAGAACCACCUCCUCUAGAACGACCCUGGAGGAUUCAUGCAGCAUGGGUUCUAGACACAGACAGUUUCAAUGAAUGGAUGAACGAAGAAGAUUAUUGUGUUGAUGAAAGAAGCGUCCCAGUGAUCAAGCGGCAUCGGAUUCCGCUGCGAGAGGAUUCUCAAUCUACCCCUUCCAAAAAACGAAGACGGUCAACUUCUCCAUCCUCAGAAGUUCGGAAGAAAGGAAAGAAGGGACGGAAGCGAGGACAACAUGAGGAAGAGGCAGACGAGGAUUUGACAAAAGACCUGGAGGAUCCUACCCCUGUCCCAAACAUGGAAGAGGUCAUUUUACCUAAAAUAGUGAACCUAAAGAAGGACAGUGAAAACACUCCUGUUAAAGGAGGCGUCAUGGCUGAUCUUGAUGAUCAAGAUGAAGACUAUGCAGGAAGGGAGGAGGAGGAAGGCCGAGUAGACAUGUGCCGCUUUCUAGAGGGAGAUGAAAACAUCAUUGAACAAACUCAUCACGUUAUUAUACCCAGCUACACGUCUUGGUUUAAUAACAACAGCAUACAUUCUAUUGAGAAACGUUCACUACCAGAAUUCUUCAAUGGAAAAAACAAAUCAAAAUCACCGGAAAUUUUCUUAGCAUAUCGCAACUUUAUGAUUGACACAUAUCGAUUAAACCCUCAAGAAUAUCUAAGUUCCACGUCCUGUAGACGAAACCUCACAGGAGACGUGUGCGCUGUCAUGAGAGUCCAUGCAUUUUUGGAGCAGUGGGGUUUGAUAAACUACCAGGUGGAUGCAGAAAGCAGACCCCUCCCCAUGGGACCUCCUCCUACUCCACAUUUUAAUGUACUAGCUGACACUCCUGCUGGGCUGGCCCCACUACAACACAAACCAUUGCAGGUUUCCGCAUCGCAACACAUGUUGUAUUUCCCAGAUAGAGGGAGAGAGAAGCCCUCAGAUUGCCAAAACUUUGGUUUACGACCAGAUGUUUAUGCCAGGAAACAUCCUAAGACUAAAGGAGCAAGUGCAGGAAGGGAAUGGACUGAGCAAGAAACACUUUUAUUACUGGAAGCUCUAGAGGUGUACAAUGAUGACUGGAAUAAAGUUUCUGAGCACGUUGGAUCCAGAACACAGGACGAUUGCAUUCUACACUUCCUCCGUUUGCCAAUAGAAGAUCCUUACCUUGAAGACUCCUCCGCCUCUCUGGGUCCCCUGGCGUACCAGCCGGUCCCUUUCAGCCAAUCGGAGAACCCGGUCAUGAGCACUGUGGCCUUCCUGGCUUCAGUGGUGGACCCUCGAGUGGCAUCUGCAGCUGCCAAAGCAGCACUUGAGGAGUUCUCCAGAGCACAUGAGGAUUCAAUGGACAAAAUAUCUGAAAUGGCCAUCCAUUCUGACAGAAAAGAACCCAUUGAUGCAGAAAAAAUGGAGGCAGAUUCUACAAAUCAGAUUUCUUUACGGGGGGAUGAGGCCAACAUGGAAGCUAGCACUGCCCAAACAGUGGAAGAUGGAGUGAAAAGUGAAAAUGCGGAGAACGUGGUGACAGAGGACAGAGAUGGACGAAUAGACGAUGACGACAGUUUUGAACAGCGAGAGGGUGAGGGCGAGUUGAGUCGAGCCGUGAUGGAGCACGAUCUGGUGGAGGUGGCUGUUCCUUCUGCAGCAGCUGCAGCUCUGUCCUCCGCUGCCACUAAAGCCAAGCACUUAGCAGCUGUAGAAGAACGAAAAAUAAAAUCUCUGGUGGCUUUGCUGGUGGAGACCCAGAUGAAAAAAUUGGAAAUCAAAUUGAGACAUUUUGAGGAGUUGGAGACCAUCAUGGACAGAGAGAAAGAGGCGUUGGAACAGCAGCGGCAGCAGCUUCUGUCUGAGAGGCAGACGUUUCAUUCUGAACAACUGAAGCAGGCAGAGAUCAAAGUCCGGCAGCAGAGGGAGCAGCAGGGGCAGCCUGGCCUCAACAUGCAGCUUUCAGGUCAGUCUGUGUCAAACCGGACAUUACCAGGAGCAGGAACUGCCCCAGUGAUGGCCCCUCGACACACCGGUGCUCCGAACGGCUUGUAUCCAUCUGCACAGACAGAUGGAGUAGCGCCCCCAGUAUCAACCCACAACUAA